GUCUCCACUUUUUUUGCCACGUCAACGUCGCGCAAGCACAGUCAGAUUGUCUUAAUCUUAUACCCUAAACCCCUGUUCUCCGGAUUGCCAGAUUGUCAUCCUCUCUCCUCAUGCAAAUCAGCAACAUUUUGCCGUUGGGUUGUCGAGAGUUGAAAAAUUUGGGAGUGAUGGAGCCUGCUAUGUUUUCCGUUGCUAGUAUGUUUGAUGCAUCAUCUAGUGAAGACGAGAAGGACGAGCAGGCGUUCGUGAUAAGAGAUCAUGACUUUUCUGGAAUGGUUUUACAUGUUCGGGAGUUUUCCUUCCAUCAAGUUAAUGCGAACCUUUUAUGGCCAGGAGCAGUCCUAUUUGCUGAGUGGAUUGUGGAGCAUCACAAGCUUUUGGAAGGAAGAAAAGUUCUGGAGCUUGGCAGUGGAACGGGAGCUCUAGCUAUAUUUCUGACGAAGAAAUAUGGACUGGACGUCACUACAUCUGAUUAUGAUGAUGUAGAAAUCGAAAACAAUAUCAAGCUCAACUGCGAGUUGAAUGAGCUGUCAGCUCUGCCGCAUAUUAGACAUACAUGGGGGGACGUUUUUCCUGAAGAAAACCCUCAAUGGGACUUGAUCAUCGCAAGUGACAUCCUGUUGUACGUGAAGCAGUAUGCAAAUUUAAUAACUACUCUGUCUUACCUGUUCCGUAAGUACGAACCUUUAAAGACGGCAGAAGAUAGUAGUGUCGGCGUAAACCUCCAAGAACUAGACGCACCUGAAGUAAGUCAGAAGGAAGAAUGCCUCCAGCUUGAUCCAUCGUCAGUAGCAACUCGACGUGGAGCAGCAGUUGAAAAACUUCCUCGUCCCUGCUUUUUGAUGAGUUGGAGACGCAGAAUACCGAAAGCAGAUGAGGCCUUGUUUUUCGAGGGUUGUAAAAGCGCAGGAUUUUGUGUGAACGAUCUUGGUUCGAGGGUGUACAGUAUCCACCCCCCUCUCGUUGAAUUUACAGACGGAUCUUGAACGCCCCACUUCCUUAUGCUUCGUUGAUUUCCCCUCUGCCAAUUAUGGGCUUCAGGUGGAAAGAAUUUUACCCCAGCUGUGCAUGCAGCCGGUUGAUCUGAAGAAUGGGUUCCGAUGAGAGUGGGAAAGGAUUGUGCACGUCUGCCUGCCUCGUCGAAACAGGCGAGCUACAAAACAUGUUACUCAACUGAUGAAGGCCCAUUUUGAUGCAAGGGCUGGAAAGAAUCGCGUUUUUGUCGAAGCAUUUCUCAAUUUAUUGGGCCUCCUCCACUCCGAGUCUCGAGAAAUGGAAGCUCACUUCUAUACCUCCAUUGUCAGGGGAAGUUCCACAAGUUGAAGCUCGCAAAUCAUAUUUUGCACGUUUCCUUGUUUGAAAGGCUUGUAGAGGAAGCGGAAUCAUUAUCCAACCAAUAUUUUGACUGGAGGACUCAUAAGGGACCACAGGUCAGGUCAGCCCAAAGCAAACCAUCACGAGGAGUUUUUCCGUUUUGUGUUAAUGGGAGAGUUUAGUGAGAUCAAAUACAUAUUUAUUGGGCUUUCAAUUCCGAUGAUAGUUGAAUUCAGGACGAGUAAAAUUGUAUAGAGAUAUCUAAGAGAAUCUGC